GCAUUUGUUUUCUUUUAUUAAAGGUAUGCCAUUGUUAAUAAUAUACCAUCUCCUCUAUGCAUUAAAAUAUUUCCAAUAAACGUGGGGUGAAAGUUGUGAUUAGUUUUGACAGGAGGAUCAAUUAAAUCAUCUGUUAAAUUAUUUUUUUGUCAUUUCAUCAAUUAAUAAUAUACAUUAAUCAAAAUGCCAAAUAUAAUAAAUGAUAUUAAAUUAGACUUUAAGGAUGUUCUUUUACGACCAAAAAGGAGUACAUUAAAAAGCAGAUCAGAUGUUGAUCUUUUUAGAGAAAUUACAUUUCGCAAUUCGAAGCAAACUUACAGAGGUAUACCUGUAAUGGCUUCGAAUAUGGACACAGUAGGAACAUUCGAGAUGGCACGAGCUUUAUCAAAGCAUGGGCUUUUUACUACUAUUCAUAAGUAUUAUACAGCAGAUGAAUGGAAAGAUUUUGCUGCGCAAAAUCCGGAAUGUUUAAAAAAUGUUGCUGCUAGUUCCGGCACAGGGAAUGAAGAUUUUGGAAGGCUUUCAAGUAUUAUUGCUGCUGUGCCACAACUUUCAUUUAUAUGUUUAGAUGUUGCUAAUGGAUAUUCGCAACAUUUUGUCGAAUAUGUUAGAAAAGUUAGAUCUGAAUAUCCAAAUCAUACUAUAAUUGCGGGCAAUGUUGUAACAGGAGAAAUGGUAGAAGAAUUAAUACUUUCGGGAGCUGAUGUAAUUAAAGUAGGAAUAGGUCCAGGUUCUGUAUGUACUACAAGAAUGAAAACAGGUGUUGGAUAUCCUCAAUUAAGUGCUGUGAUUGAAUGUGCGGAUGCUGCACAUGGUUUAAAAGGCCAUAUAAUUUCUGAUGGAGGUUGUACGUGUCCUGGUGAUUUAGCAAAAGCUUUUGGUGCUGGUGCUGAUUUUGUCAUGGCUGGUGGUAUGUUUGCUGGUCAUGAAGAAUGUGGAGGUGAUAUAAUUAAUAAUGAUGGAAAGCUGUAUAAAUUAUUUUACGGUAUGGCUUCUAGUACAGCUAUGAAAAAACAUGCUGGUGGUGUUGCUGAGUAUAGGUCUUCAGAAGGAAAGGUCGUAGAAAUACCCUACAAGGGUUUAGUUGAAAAUACAGUUUUAGAUAUGUUAGGAGGUCUACGAUCUGCGUGCACUUAUACAGGUGCAGAAAGAUUACGUGAAUUGCCAAAACGUGCAACUUUCAUUCGUUGUACGCAGCAAUUAAAUCCAAUUUAUGGUCCACCAUCAAAUGUUUGAAAAUAAUUCCUAAAUAAUCUGUUGUAGUGUAAUUUUUAGACAAAAAGGGUUUCUGAUUAUUCAUUUUCCCCCCCUAGUUACCAGGCAUUCAUAUUUUUGCUGGCAAAAUUAUUUAUAAAUCAUAUUUAUAUAUCUAUAUAUAUAUAUAUUAUAUUAUAUUAUAAGUGUUUUAUUAAACUUACAUUGUUUACUAUGCUUAAAGCGGGUGAUAAUAUGUCUAUGCACAAAUAAACUUUUUUUUUUGCAUGUA